AUGAGCAAAGCAAGUACCAGCGAAUCGGACACCGGAACCGUUAUUGAUUUAGAUGCCUUAUUUACCCUACAGUUAGAGCGAUGCGAGACACUUAAGCAAAUUUUAAAGAAUUUUAAAAAGGACCCAAAUACGAGAAAAACUAGGGUAUACUGCCAGGUUCGCCUUGAAAAGAUAGAAGCAGUACAUGGAGAGUUUAACAAAACUCACACCACCAUUGUACACCAUGACACCAGUCGGAAAUCGCAAUAUUUUACUGACAGGGUAGCUUCGGAGUUUGAAGAACGCUAUUUCGAUAGCCGGGUUGCACUUUUAGAAGCAUACAACGAACAAACGCCUUCAUCUUCGGAGCAAUCUGCCGGUUCUCAACUGCAAGUUCCAAAAAAAAUGUCACCAAUCGAAAUGCCAAAACUACCGUUGCCAUCGUUCUCUGGCAAAUAUAUCGAAUGGCCGGCGUUUCAUGAUGCAUUUGUCCGACUGAUCCACACCAACACCGACUUAAGUGCUAUUCAAAAAUUUCACUUUUUAAAGAAGGCACUGCCAGCAGAAAACGAUGUAGAUGUUCAGCAAAUGGCCUUAACUGAGACCAACUAUGGAACUGCCUGGGAUUUAAUUGUAAAUCGUUAUAAUAAUCCUCGUCUACUAUUCAUGCACCACAUGAACAAGCUCUUCACACAAUCUGCAGUUAUUAAAGAGUGCUCAGACGACAUCAAGUCUUUACUCAAUGUAGCAAAAGUCUGUAUAAAUGAGUUCAGUCGUUUGAAAAUACCUAUUUCACAGGGCAAUCAGUGGAUUGCGUACCUUUUGUCAACCAAGUUGCCAAAGGAUACCCAUCACGCUUGGGAAUAUCACCUCGGCAGUGACGUUAACAUCCCCACCUUUGAAAUGUUAGAAGCAUUUUUAAAUAAGCGUCUGGUGACAAUCAAUGUGAUUGAAAAUAGAAACAUUUCGUGUGGUAAUAACUCACUGUCAAAGACCAGCAAUGUGGCUGAUAAUACUUCGUCAACUAAACGCCAAAGUCGACCUCCAAAGGCUUUAUACAGACAUAAUAGUAAUAGUUUUCACGCCACUAGUCAACCGAAAAACGUCAAUUCAUGCUUUCUGUGUGGCGAAGCACACAUUCUGCGGCGCUGUACCAAAUUCCUCGCCAAAGAUUGCUUUGAGAGAAAGUCUAUCGCGGACAAAGCAAAACUUUGUUUAAAUUGCCUGAGCAGGGCUCAUUCAGUUUCCCGUUGCACCAGCACGAAGAACUGUCUACAGUGUAGCCAAAGACACCACACUCUUCUACAUUUUCCAAUGUCAAAGCCCCCACAGCAAAAUGAAUCCACUCGAUCACACGAGGGUGGCAAAUCUCAAAUAGCUUUAAACCCAUCAGCUCAAACCUUUCAAGUUGAAAGCACUCAGAGUCAGACCACGACUCAUCAAAACCCCACGUCAUCCAGGUUAACGCACACUGCUCAGCUUCUUACAGAACCGUCACAGAAGCAGACUCGUAAGGUGCUUUUAGCCACCGCUCUCGUCACGAUCAAGAACGACGGCACGGGUCAGUCCAUGGUAGUACGUGCGCUAUUAGAUCAAGGCUCUGAAUGCACACUUAUUUCAGAGCAUGCCGUUCAAACACUCUGUUUGACACGCAACCGUGCUUCGGCAGAUAUAUCUGGGGUGGGCAGCAACGUCGCGCAUCGUUGUAAGCACACUGUGAAUUUCACAAUGCACUCAUAUGUGAACCCUAACUACCAUGUCGCGGUCGAUACCGCCUUUGUUUUAAAGGCGCUCACCAAUAAAUUGCCAAGUCAAACAAUUGAGCCAAACCAAUGGGCUCAUAUUCGAGGACUGCAGUUAGCAGAUCCUACGUACUACCAGCCACGUCGUAUAGACUUACUUCUGGGUGCCGACAUGUUCGCUAACCUUUUAUUGCCAGAAACACGUAUUGGAGGACUUUAUGAACCAAUAGCCCAGCGCACCCAUCUGGGAUGGAUAUUGUCUGGCAAUACUACUUCCACCCCCAAAGUUGAUGCUGCUAGUCUUCAUUGCAACCAUGUGUCUCUCGAGCUGGAAUCACUUGUACAACGUUUUUUCGAAAUCGAUCAAGUACCGACCGAGAGAUCUCUCUCGCAAGAAGAAAACUGGUGUGAAACACAUUUUCAACAAACGCAUAUGCGCCAACCAAAUGGGAAAUAUUUAGUGAGACUUCCAUUGAAAAAUUUGUUUGAUGAAUCUCAAACCCUCGGUAAAUCCAAAAAAAUUGCACUCAACCGCUUUCAUUCACUGGAGCGAAAACUACAACGCAACGAUGAAUUGCGAGCCCGGUAUGAAGGGUGUAUUCGGGAAUAUUUCACCCUGAAUCAAAUAACUCCUGCUACGACAACUGAGGAGCAGCAUUCCGUCAAACUUGCCUCAAGUGCUCCAACAGUCGCAUCAUGUGUAUUACCUCACCACGCUGUGAUCAAAGAGGAAAGUCUAACCACAAAGCUAAGAAUCGUGUUUGACGCCUCGUGCAAGACUAGCAAUGGCAAAUCGUUAAAUGACGUACUGUGUGUGGGACCCGCACUUCAAAAUGAUCUGCCAGCAGUAGUUUUAAAUUGGAGAAAACACAAAUUUGCGUUUACAUCUGAUAUCCAAAAAAUGUAUCGGUGCAUAGACAUGCACACAGAUGACUCGCAAUAUCAACGCAUUUUGUGGCGAAACGAAGCAAAUGAAAUUCAGGAGUAUUGUCUCACGACAGUCACAUUUGGGACUGCUUCCGCUCCAUAUACCGCGAUACGAAUCCUCCACCAACUGGCUGAAGACGAAAGUACAUCGUAUCCGUUAGCAGCACCUGUCCUUCGGAAUGAAAUGUAUGUUGACGACGUACUAUAUGGCGGUCACUCCGUUGAGAUCGCCACCGAAAUUCGCAAACAAGUAACCUUAGCAUUGCGCUCCGCUGGCAUGGAACUUCGAAAAUGGAGCAGCAACUCAUCGGCGGUGCUGGACGGUAUUCCCACCGAAAACAGGUCAGACAGUAAUGCCUUACAGUUAAAUAGCAGCGAUACCGUUAAAACCCUUGGCAUUCUGUGGCAACCGAACAAGGACGUUUUUAAAUUCCGGCUCAACUUCGAAAUUGAUUUUACUGCCACCAAACGGUCAGUGCUCUCAACUAUAGCUCGUCUGUACGACCCACUGGGAUUAAUUGCACCGGUUAUUGUAGCAGCCAAAAUCAUCCUGAAAUCGGUAUGGUCCUUUAAGGUACAACGCGAUGAGCACACGUUCACACCAUUGGCAUGGGAUGAAACGCUACCAACAAACCUAAAUCACCAAUGGCAACGUUUUCUAAAUACUGUAUCGGAGCUGCCCUGCAUCACGGUGCCGAGAUGGUUGAACUAUGAGCCAAAUCAUGUUAAAUCAUUACAACUCCAUGUAUUUUGCGAUGGCUCGACAGCUGCAUAUGCAGCAUGUGUUUAUCUACGGGUAGAAUGCAGUGAUGGUAAAAUUUUUACAACGCUUCUCAUCGCAAAAAGCAGAGUCACCCCGACAAAACCGUUGACUAUACCACGCGUCGAGUUGUGCGGAGCAGUGCUGGCGACUGAAUUAAUGGAAUGGACCAAAAAAUCAUUGUCAUUACCGUAUACAAAUCUAAAAACAUUUUAUUGGACCGAUGCUACGAUUGUGCUUUACUGGAUAAAUGGCGAUCCGAAUCGAUGGCAAACAUGGGUUUCAAACCGAGUUGGCAAGAUACUACAAACCUCUUCACCGUCACAAUGGAGUCACGUCGAUACUAUGCAAAAUCCAGCUGAUUGCGCAACCCGAGGCCUAACACCAGUCAGUUUAUCAACUUUCAGGCUAUGGUGGUCCGGCCCAGAGUGGUUGCUGUCAGAUGAAGAUUCCUGGCCGAAAUUUAGCACGACUGAAUUGCACAUCACCGAAGAAAUAGCUGAAGUUAAAAGGAAGCCGCUUCAAGCAAAUUUCACGAUUUGUCAAGACUCCGUUAUUCUUCGGUACUCGUCGCUGACGAAAACCGUACGCGUUUGUGCGUACAUUCUCCGUUUCGUGCAGAAUAGCCAAGUUCAGAGCUGUGCCCGCAUAAGUGGACCUUUGUCGGUCACCGAGCUAAACCAAAGUCUAGCAAAGGUUGUCAGGCUCGUACAACAAGAAACAUUCAACACCGAAGUACACAACGUUCGCAAUAAAAAACCUGUUCCACAUAGAAGCAAGCUUACUAGCUUAACUCCGUUUCUUGAUGAGCAGCAACUUCUUCGUGUGCGUGGGCGAAUUCAGCGCUCUAAUCUUCCAUUUGAUCAGAAGCACCCCAUCAUUUUACCAAGUAAGCAUCAUUUCACUAGUUUGGUUAUCACUCACGCGCACUUAACGACAUUACAUGGUGGUGCGCAGCUUACCUUAACAUAUUUACGACAGCGGUUUUGGAUAAUAAAUGCCAGACGCACUGUGCAAGAACAACUUCGAAAAUGCAUUAAAUGUGUUAGAAAUAAGCCGGAAGUUGGUAGUCAACUGAUGGGCGAACUUCCAUUCCAUCGAGUCAAUCCACCACAACGCCCGUUCCUCGCAACAGGCGUCGAUUACACCGGCGCAAUCGAGCUAAAAUCGUCUAGAUUUCGUGGAAAUACGACAUAUAAAGGGUACAUCGCUAUUUUCAUUUGUUUAGCUACAAAGUGCAUUCAUCUGGAAGCAGUCACAGGCAUGUCAACGGAAAACUUCUUGAUGGCCCUGCAACGAUUCAUUGGACGUCGAGGUCUGUGCAAAGACAUCUACAGCGAUUGCGGAACAAAUUUUAUAGGCGCUGACAAGGUACUUCAACCAAAUGAACGUAAAUUUGCGGAGGACAUAGAGCAAGAAGUCGUGCCGAAAUUAGCAAGCCAAGGUAUACAGUGGCACUUCAAUCCUCCCCAUUCACCUAAUUUCGGAGGACUUUGGGAGGCGAAUGUAAAAUCGGUUAAGUAUCAUUUAAAGCGAACAGUGAGCGGUGCUCGGCUUACCUACGAAGCCCUUGCAACCCUUUUGGCGCGUAUCGAAGCCUGUUUAAACUCCAGACCGCUGUGCUCUUUAACAUCAGAUCCCAACGAAUUACAAGUGCUGACACCGGGGCAUUUCCUAAUAGGAGACUCUCUGCUUUCACCACCAAACGCCUCUCCAGCGGCUAAUGUAUCACUCAGCCAACAAUUUGCUCAAACGCAACGAAUGUUUCAACAAUUUUGGAAGCAGUGGACAUCAGAUUGGCUAUCACACCUCCAAACACGACCAAAAUGGUGUCACCAAAGACGAAAUCUUCAAAUAAAUGACCUCGUCAUCGUUAAGGAUGAAAGGCUACCACCCAACGUGUGGGUAAUGGGACGCGUCAUAGAGCUUCAUCCAGGUCCAGAUAACUUAGUCAGAGUAGUAACUAUUCGUACCCAAAACGGCAUCUACAAACGGUCUGUCUCAAAGCUUUGCCUCUUACCAAUAUCCUCAUGCACUCAAGACAAGUAA